AUCCUAUCAUCGCGGCACCGUGUCUUGGCUGACUUCCCUGGUCGGCACUUGGCUAAUCGUCAGAUCACACGUUAUCCCGACCUACGCCUGGUAGUUACAUCAUGGCUUUGGUCACUGAACGAGCUGAAGUGGGUAACCCGGUAAUUCCUAAUGCAGGUCCCAAAAACAAACCGCGUUUCGACGAGCAUCCCAAUUGCCCGCGAACACUGUGUCUCUAUCCGGGUCCGAGUGGGACGCAGUGUUUGCAACCUAUUAGUUGUUCCACCGUUCCGGAGCAUUUUGAGAGUCAUGGAAUAAAGGCUAUCUACCGUGCAGGUGGCGGUUACCUUGUUGCGCGACACAAUUUUGUCCGUCAUGUUCGGGAAAAACACCUUGGGCACACAAGGGGGGGAUUAGCUGCCCUUAGCUCCGGGAAAAGUCGCCGACAACACACUUCCUUUCAUGCGGCGGCUGAUGAUGCAGAGCCCUCGAACGAAUCUCAUAUUAAUGAGCGUGCCAAUCGUGCAAAACAACUAUGCCAAUACCAAGACCCUGAUAAGGGACUCUGUAUGCUGGAGAUCACCUGUGCCACCGUUUCAGAGCACUUUGCGACUUAUCAUGGAGUUAGGGCCAUGUCCCGUAGUCAGUGGGUGGACUGCCGGUGGGUUGGCUGCGUGGAUAAACGUCUGCGACGACACAGCUUUGUCCGUCACAUCAGGGAAAAACACCUUGGUCACACAAGGGGAUCGGUUCUCAAGUCCGAGAGAGCUCCCGGACAACACAGUUUAGGUGCCGCCUUACAUGGGGAGGCCGAUAAACUCGUUGAAACUCAAGAUGCGGCGGCCGUUUGAUCCUCUUACGUAUAGAUUGCGCCUGUAUCAAUAUGCCAUGAAGUUUUCGAAAGUUGAGCUG